AGCGACAAUAGAGUGUUUCUUACCCUCUUUGUUUGUUUUAAGAAAGUUGUAUGUCGGUCAGUAUCUCAGAACGCUGUGUUUCUGGACCGUGUUUUUCGCUCCUGUUACGCGAAGAUCUAGGGUCUCACUCACCACUUCUUCUUCAUUACUCUCUCAAGUUUCCCUAUGGACCGGAACCGACAGGGUAGUCCGGUUUAUCUUUCAAGAUGGAGCAGCGAGCCCGGCUCAACCGCUACUACCACUUCCUCUCCGGCAUUGUCUCCGGCAACUCACCACCAUUCGCGAUCCUCCUCCAUCACUGGCCUCUCCUCCGUCAAGCGCAAUCAGAACUUCGCUGCCAAGGCCGCAGCGCAGCGUCUUGCUCAGGUUAUGGCCUCUCAGACUACUGACGACGACGACGACGAAGACGGUGGCGAUCUUGGGUUCAGGUACAGUGCGCCUCCUCCUAUGUCUCUAACGAGGAACAGCUUGAACUCUGUUAGUAGUGCUACUAGUAAGCCUGCGAUUUCCUCUGCGAGGAUCAAUAGAUCUCCUUCACCAGCGUUAGAAAGGAUUUCUGCGGAGGUAGCACCGUCAGUUCGUUCCACUUCGGCUGGAAGGGCAACAGCCUCUCUUCGUACAGCGGUUCCACCGGUGCCUCCCAGUAGAUCAUCCGUGAGGACUCCUGUUUCCAUGCCACCUAUAGAUCCUCCUACCAGUCGACAAAAAGAUAGAAGAUUCUUUUCGGAUGUUGGAAGAUUGAACUCAAAGGAUAACGGACAUCAACGCGAUGCCUCUGCACUUCUUGAUGAACUCGAUGCAUUACAAGAAGAGAAUGGGAAUCUUCUUGAAAAGCUCAGGGUUGAAGAUGAAAAAUCUAGAGAAGCUGAAGCCAGAGUUAGGGAGCUUGAAAAACAGGUUGCUGCUCUAGGAGAAGGUGUGUCUUUGGAAGCUAAACUAUUGAGUAGAAAGGAAGCUGCAUUGCGUCAAAGGGAGGCUGCCCUUAAGGAUGCAAAGCAAAGUAGCACAGUAGAUAAAGAAGUUGCAUCUCUUAAGUCUGAAGUGGAGAUUGCAAAAGAUGAAGCUGCAGUGAUUGUGCGCCAGCUUCAUGGCUCAGAAUCUGAAGUUAAAUCACUUCGCUCAAUGACACAAAGAAUGAUAUUGACUCAGAAAGAGAUGGAAGAAGUAGUUCUUAAAAGGUGUUGGCUUGCGCGCAACUGGGGUUUAGCUGCAAAAUAUGGUAUCUGUGCGGAUGUUGCUGUAUUAAAGUACGAGUACUGGUCAUCUUUGGCUCCACUUCCAUUUGAGAUUGUCAUUUCUGCUGGACAAAAGGCCAAGGAAGAAUGUUGGGAAAAAGCAGAUGAUGAAGACAAUGAGAAGAGGAGCACGCUUGCUCUGGACUUGAGUGAUCUAACUGGCGAAGGCAAUAUUGAGAGUAUGCUUACGGUUGAAAUGGGUUUGAAGGAGCUGGCUUCUUUGAAGGUUGAAGAUGCUAUUGUUCUUGCAUUGGCCCAACAGCGACGGGCAAACUCUGUUCGACAGUCCUCAGAUAUCAAAUCACCAGGUGAUCCAAAGUUUAUGGAGGAAUUUGAACUGAGUCCAGAGGAGUCUGAAGAUUUACUUUUCAAGGAGGCAUGGCUUACAUAUUUCUGGAGAAGGGCCAAGGCCCAUGGUAUAGAGGAGGGUAUAGCUAAUGAACGACUUAAAUUUUGGAUCAGCCGCAGUGCGCACUCACCAAGUUCUCAUGAUGCUGUUGAUGUUGAGCAAGGGCUGAUGGAGCUCAGAAAGUUGGGAAUUGAGCAUCGAUUAUGGGAAGCAUCACGCAAAGAAAUCGAUCAGGACCCUUUGGUAUCUAGGAAUUCAGCCGGGACUCUUGAAUCUUUGAACUCUGCCAGGAAAAUUUAACUGACCUGUUUGAAGGUCUACACUAUAAAGUCGGCGUUUAUAUAUAUAUUAGCAAGGCAUGUGUACAUUCUUCUUCUUGUUUGAUGCAAGGUUAUGAAUCAUUUUUGUCUGGCUCUCUAGACAAUUGUUUUGAGUUGUUUGCCCACUCUGUAUACUGUAAUUAUUACCGUCUGUGUUGGCUUGCCCUGUCAAACUUUGGUCGAGUAUUUCCUGAAUAUUUUGAUUUGCGUUGCUUCAA